AUGGUUGACUUAUUGGGACGCUCUGGGAUGACGGACUGCAAGCCUCUCACUACACCAGCCUCUGUUUCCCAAGCAGUAACUCCGUCUGAUCAGCCAUUUGAGAAUCCUACGCAGUAUCGUCGUGUUUUCGGUGCACUACAGUAUCUGACUAUCACCCGGCCAGAUCUCGCCUAUGCAGUCAACCGCCUGUGUCAGUUUAUGCACUCUCCCACUGAAGAUCAUUGGGCGAUGGAGAAACGUGGGUUGCGGUAUAUCAAGGGUACUCUGGGUUACGGUCUUCGGCUAACCCCCUCUGACUCCAGUGCCAUACAUGCCUACUCCGACUCUGACUGGGUUGGGUGUCCGGUAGACAGGAAAAGCACUAGUGGAUAUACUGUUUUUUGGGGAGCAAUCUAG